UAUCAGCUCAGGUAUUCACAUCAACCAGCAUUAAGCAUUUCUAACCUGAAGUAGUAACCAAGAACUUGUAGGUCAAAACAUUUGACUCACUACCGUUACUAAGUUGUAUUUAAGAGAAAAAAAAAUGUCAGCAAAAGUGGAAUAUACGACUCAACAGGUCCAUCAUGCAACAAGCAGAGUUGAAAAGCGAUCGGCGUCUGAGGACGAAAUGGAGGAGGGUCAAUUGGCGGACUAUCGAAACUCACCUUACGCUGCGUACGGAACCCAUCAAUACAUGCCCCAAUUCUACGGAAUGCCACCAUUCCCGUAUUACGUGCGGUAUCCAGAGCCACCAAAGACUCCAAUGCAACAGAGAUUUGAUCUGAUGGCCUACUAUUCAUCUCGAGGUGCAUCGUCACCCUCUGAACUCGGGAGCACUCGGCAUUCUGCCUCUGCCACCAGCAGUUCACCAUCUUCCGCUUUCUCCAUCGACAGUAUAUUAGCUCGUAGACCACAGAUGUAUCCGUCUGCAGCUCCGUCAUUAAUACCCUACGGGAUAAUUCCGAGUCAUGGAUAUCCAGCUUUGAGAGCCUGGUACCCGCCAUUCGCUGGCUUCAGCUACCCCGUGGAUAUGACACCAGGAUCCCAGAAGAGGAAACGCCGCCAUCGGACAAUUUUCACCGAGGACCAAUUGGACGUUCUGGAGAAAACUUUCCAGGAAACUCACUAUCCAGACGUUAUGAUGAGAGAAGAAAUCGCUGCUAAAGUAGAUCUGGCAGAGGAACGAGUAGAGGUAUGGUUCAAAAACAGACGGGCUAAAUGGAGGAAACAGAAGAAAGACACAACCUCCAUCUCCCGAGAUGCUGACAAAUGUUCGUUCUCCAAAACCGCCCAGAUUGAUGUCUCGGACGAAGAAGAACCUCGUGAAUCAAAACGACAGAGGUUAAACUUUGCUCCUCAUGCGGACACACCAAACCAGUCCUUCGCCAGUGACUCAGACAACCAAUCGCUGUCGUCGUCUGAUUCUCGUGAUUCCACGGACGCCCAUAUAAGGACAUCAGAACAAAGUCAGAGUUACCCGAAUAUCCACAGACAACCACAUUCAGCAGUGGAGUCGAAUGGUCAAACUGACCAUCGUGACAAAAUUACUACAAACGAUUUACGCAACGCCAUAUAGUGGAACUGCUUUGCAGGUUUAUUUGAAACAAAACUCAUAUAGUGACUGAUUCUGUUACAUUUUUGUAUGAUAUUGUGUAACU